UACAAGACUGGUUACGACAGGUGUCAGACAUUUGUAAACAAGAAGUUGGCAACCAACAAAAUAUGCCUGCUCAGAAAAAAUACGCAAACAUCCACGAGGCAGUGAAUGCUGGGGAUGUUGUGGCCUUGGAGACGAUGGUGAAAGCAGGGGCCAGCAUCAACGAGGUCAACGAACGAGACAAGUUCACUCCCCUGCACUGCGCAUGUAAUGUGGGGGCUCUUGAAUGUCUUCACUGGUUGCUAUGGCAUGGUGCUGACACCACGGUUACCACUCCAAAGGGUUGGACCCCUGCACACAUAGCCGCAAUACGGGGUCAAGACGCAUGCCUACAGGGUCUUGCUAACAACAAUGUGAACCUCAGUGCCAAGGAUCAUAGAGGCAGCACACCGGGCCACCUGGCUGCUGCACACGGGAACUCCUUCACCCUCAACACCAUCCUAAGAUCUGGCACAGACAUAAACACAACAGACAAGAAUGGCUGGACGCCGGUACAUGCGGCCUGUUACCACGGGAGACUGGGCUGUCUACAACUACUCAACAAGUGGGGUGCCAGUAUUGACGAGUGCGAUAAUAUCGGGAAUACCCCAGCACACAACGCAGCAGCUGAGGGUCACCUGCCCUGCCUGAAGUUCCUCGUCAGCACAGGUAUCAGCCCCACGCACAUGCUGGGCGCCCGUAACGACCAGGGGGAGACGCCCAAGGAUCUCGCCCAGCAGUUCUAUAAGGACGCCAUCAUCGAGUACAUCAACGGCAUCGAGUGGGAACGGGACCACCCGGAACAGGCUGAGAAUCUGGCAUUCCCUGCCCAUGUGGCUGCAUUCAACGGUGACCUUGACCACCUGAGAAUGCUCGUGGAGAAUGGAGUAGUGAACAUAAAUGAACGUGAUGACAAGGGCUCAACACCCGCACAUAAAGCUGCUGGGCAGGGCCACGUGCACGUGCUACAGUGGCUUAUAGAGAUGGGCGCAAACAUGUCAAUUACAAACCAAUCAGGCGAGACCCCGCGUGACGUGGCCAGGAGAUUCUCCAAACUGGCGUGUGUCAAGCUGCUUGGUCGAGAUCCACUACUCAGGGGGGAACAAGAGGAGGCCGAAGAUCUUGGAUAUCCCGCACACCUUGCAGCAUUUUCUGGAGACCUGGAACACCUGGCGUCCCUCAUAGAGAAAGGCGUCAGUAAUAUCAACGAGCAGGAUGAAAAGGGGUCUACUGCCGCACAUAAAGCUGCAGCCCAAGGUCAUGCCCACAUUCUAAAAUGGCUGCUAGAAAAGAAUGCGGACAUGUCACUACGCAACACUCAGGGUCGUACACCGCUAGAUGUGGCACGCAGAUAUGGCAACAAAACAUGUGUGAAAAUUCUUGGCGGAAACCCAGAUGACUUACAACACCUGGAGGAGUGGUCAGACGAGGAAGCAGGAGGCACAGAGGGAAACACAGACGGGGCCUCCAUCUCUGUCAGCGAUAAACAGAAGAAAGAAUCCCGAGGUCGGGCCCGACGUAAAGUUGAGGACUUGGAGCGACUGCUGGAGAUUGCCAAGAAGAAUUAUACGCAGCUUGGUGGGUCACUGCCAGAGGAUCGCAAGAGGCUACAGACCAUCAAAGACAAGGACAAAACAAUCAAUGAACUAGAAGCUCAGCUGGACUACGAGCGAUUACGUCGUGAGAAACUGGAGGCCCAGCUCGACCAGUACAGACGAGACAUGGCUGACCUGAGCUACCGUCUGCAGGCAAAACUAGGGGAUGACAGUGAUUCGGAAUCUGAUGCUGGAUACGGGCACCAAUCAAGACAGUCGACAAAACAACGAGUCGUGAAGAAACGCUCUGGCGUGAAGAAGAGAUCACAAGACGAGGGAGGAGUGUUCAUCAAAAGAAAUGUGUCCAAAGAGAAACGAGGGACAAGAUAUCAGAAAGUUGUAUGAGAGAUAAAUGUUUUUUUUAAAGGCGGGACAUUUUUUAAGAUCUGGGUAAAGCUGUUGAAGUUUUAACUCUGUUUGCUUAACCCUUUACCACUUUGAUACAUUUUUGACGCUUUCGUAGUCCCUGAGAAGGCUAAAUUUAAUUAAAGACCUUUCUUACUGUCUUCAAGUUUUACAGGCUUCAUUUCCAACCCUAAGAUACUGAUGAGCAGCAAACAGCAUAAAACCUAAACAGACUGCGAGUUACGCGCAGGUUGUUCUGGUUUUAAUCUAUUUGCACAUAGCAAUUUUCACUUUGCUUCUGAGUGGGAAAGGGUUAAAUUAGGUAACAUAAUAGUCUGCCAGGUUGUUUCUUUUGUUUUCGCAUUACACUCAGUCUCAUUUGAUGAAGAAGGUAUACAUAGCUGUAUUUUAGUUAAUGUUAAUGUAGUGCAUUUUAAUGUUGUUUUCAUUUUCUGAAACGAUUUAUUCAAGAUACUUUAUUUAUAUUUUAUAACUUUUUCUACUUAUAUGGUGAAUAUAUUGCUUCAGUAUUUACGUGUUAAUACAUAUUAAAAAACAUUUUGCAUUGUAUGUUUUUGGUUACUCAUACUGCCAGAAACAAUUAUUCACAGUUUUUUUGUUGUUUAAAAUGCAUGUUUAAAUUUGUUUUCAAUAUCAUAUCAAGGUGUGUAUUUUUUAUUAAUUCAUAAUGUAUUAAAUAUCUUAAAUGCUCUAAAGAAUACACAUACAUACAUUUAUUUUAUAUGAAAAUGGGUAAAAAUAUAAAAUCGUAUUAGGCAAUAACAUUGCAAAUUAAUAUCUAAUUGUUGUUUUUUAAGCUUGCAUUUUGAACCUACAUUUGGUGUUGAUGUGUUAUUGGGGAAAACAAGAAUAAUGUUAUGACGGAAAAAAUGCUUGUUUACUUAAAUUUUAUCAGAUAAAAGAGGGAAUCGUCAAAAGAUAAUAUUGUUCCCAAAUAAUUAUGUUCCAAAUAUGGCAUUAGUUUUCUAUCAAUUCUGGACAUAUAUGAUUUUUAUGCCCAUGGUGUAAUAAUCAAAUUAAAAUUUGAUAUACAUGCAGUUCAUUAUUAAUUUAUAGACCCUUUCAGAUUAACAUGCGUCCGAAAAUGUAAAUUUAGGAGGAUAUUUAAUUCAGAUAAUUACACUAAACUAUACAGACAGUUAUUGCAUCAUGUAAUAAUAUUAAUAAAUAUGAUUCCAUACAGAAACCAUUUUGUUGGUAUAUAACUUUUAUUUGCAUUUUUCAAUUAUUAUAUCGAUAUUUAACAUAAAAUUACUCUUAUCUGUAAUUUGUUGAAGUUAAUAUGCUUUAUAACAAUGUUCAAGUGAGGAUAUUGAAAAUUUGUUUCUCAAAUCCUGACUCUUAAUUUUUUCAUACGAUAAUACAAUAAUAUGCAAAUCUAUCACUAUAGUAUUUUGUAUGUGGUUUGUUUUUCAAAACAAGAUCUUUUUGCAAAGCUGAUCUAAGACAGUGGGAUUCGUUAUUUGAAAAUGUUACUAGAUCAUUCAUAUAUGGAGGUGCUCAGUGGAAAAUGGUUUUAUAUUUUUGUAUCACAGUGUGAGAAUUUACCCUGUCAUAAAAUUGCAUCCAAAUCAAUGUUUUAAAUAGUUUAAUGUAGAUUAUGCAUGUACACUGUAAUACUAAAUUUAUAUUUACUGACUAGGCCGAUCAUUAUUACUCAUAAUGAUAACACGUCGCCGUUUACGAACAUUUACGAUUCAGACCAAAAUCAUUCGUUUCGCACUGAUUCUACUAACACACAAAUGCAAUGGUGACUGUUGCUGUUUGAAAAUAUAUAUGUAUAAGCUCUUUCCAUGUCGGCAUAAAGCGCAUUAUUGUUUUAACUGCAUUAAAUGAAAUGUUACGCCACUCUGUUCUUUGAAUAUUUGGCGUUCUUUUAACAUAUGUGAUAAAACUAUUACAGAUAGAUAUAUGUUAAAAUCACUUAAAUGAAUAUGAUAAUAGUAAAUGUUUAUGCCAAUAAUAUAAACAUAUGAAACCUUU